AAACCACAGACAAAGUCUAUCAACAUGUUCACAUGCUCUCUCUUCCUUUUUAAAAAAAAACGUAUUUGACUUCAAUGCAGCAGCCAGACGGCAGUUUGACUGGACUUCAAUGUUGUUUGCAGGUCCUAAUAUUCUUCAAACCUUCAGAAACAGAUGUCACUUUGGUGAACAAUGUCAAAGGUGCGCCUCUUUAACACUCUGGAGGACUUGAAAGAAGAUGAUUUCAAGAAGUUCAAGUGGCACCUCUGCAGUAACCCCAAGGGCAUCAAAGUGUGCCGUCUGGAGAAAGCAGACAGGCAGGACACAGUGGAUGUGAUGGUGCAGACCUAUGGCUUUUCUGAAGCUCUGAAAGUGGCCCACGAGGUUUUAGAGAAGCUCAAAAUGAGAGAUCUGGCACAGAAUUUGCCAUGUAAAGAUGUGACAUUGCAAGUAUCAGAGCCUCUGCAGCCAAUCACCUAUUACCAACAAAAGCUACAAUCAAACCUCCAGGACAAGUUUAUGUGUGCACAAGAAGGGUGGACUAAAAAGAAGGAUGAGCAACCACUGGAUGAUAUCUACACAGAGGUGUACAUAACAGUGGGGGGCGAAGUACACAUCAGCCAACAGCAUGAGGUCAUGCAAAUUGAGAUGGCAGGAAAGCAAGCAGGAACAGAGAAACCAAUUAAACCCAGUGACAUGUUCAAACCUCCUUCUGGGAAAUACAGAGCCAUAAGAACAGUGCUGACCAGUGGAAUCGCAGGAAUUGGCAAAACGUUUCUAGUGCGCAAGUUUGUGUUGGACUGGGUUGAAGGGAGAGCCAAUAAAGAUGUGGAUCUUAUAUUCCCUUUUACCUUCCGUCAGCUGAAUUUACUGAAGGGGAAAAAGUUUUGUUUGGCAGAGCUCAUUCACACCUGUAUCAGAGAGACCAAAGACAUCAAGAACGAGGCUCUCAAUGACAUCUUCAAAAAAUUACAGGCAUCAGGAAACACCAACUUUGACAAGAGUGAAUUCAAACUUCUGUUUGUUUUGGAUGGACUGGACGAGAGCCAUCUUCAACUAGAAUGCUCCACCAAUGAAAAACCAGAAGUUGACUUUGAUGUGACAACGUCAGACUCAGUGGACGUGCUGCUGACAAACCUCAUCAGGAAAAAUCUGCUUCCCUCUGCUCGCCUCUGGAUAACCACUCGACCAACAGCAGCCAGUCAGAUUCAUUCGGACUUUAUUGACAUCAUGACAGAGGUGAGAGGGUUCACCGAUCCACAGAAGGAGGGGUACUUCAGGAAGAGAUUCAGAGAGGAGGAGCAGGCUAGCAGAAUCAUCUCUCACAUCAAGUCAUCACGAAGCAUCCACAUCAUGUGCCACAUCCCAGUCUUCUGCUGGAUCACUGCGACCGUACUGGAGGAUGUGUUGAAGACCAGUGAGGGAAGAGAACUGCCCACGACCCUGACUGAGAUGUACACAGAAUUCUUGGUGUUCCAGAUUGAUCAGGCAAAAAGUAAUUUUAAAAACGACAAUUGUAUUCAGCACUUUCAGUCAUUAGCAAAAUUAGCUUUUCAUCAACUGGAAAAAGGCAACCUGAUCUUCUAUGAGAAAGACCUCAAAGAAAGUGGCAUUGAAGUCAGUGGAGCCUCAAUGUACUCAGGAGUGUUCACAGAGAUCUUUAAAGAAGAGCAUGGGAAGAUGAAGGAUGAGGACAAGAUGUUCAGCUUUGUCCAUCUGAGUGUUCAGGAGUUUCUGGCUGCUCUUCAUGUGGAGAUGUCACUCAUCAAUGGCAACAGAAAUGUAAUGUCUGAGCCGGAGGAAGCCUUCAAAAGACUGUGGCUACUUUUCACCCGAGCAUCUACAACAGAGGUCCACAGGGUUGCUAUCGACAAAGCCUUGCAGAGUCCAAAUGGACACCUGGACUUGUUCCUCCGCUUCCUCCUGGGUCUUUCAGUGCAGACAAAACACACUCUUCUACGAGGCCUUCUGACAAAGAAAAGAAGCAGCUCAGAGACCAGUAAGGAAACAGCUGAGUACAUCAAGAAGAAGAUCAACAAGAAUCCUUCUCCAGAGAGAAUCAUCAAUCUCUUCCACUGUCUGAAUGAGCUGAAUCAUCAUUCUCUAGAAAAGGAGAUCCAACAGUAUCUGCAUUCAGGGAGUCUCUCCGCCGUCAAACUCUCUCCUGCUCAUUGGUCAGCUUUGGCCUUCAUCUUACUGUCAUCAGAAAAAGACCUGGAUGUGUUCGAUCUGAAGAAAUACUCCGCUUCAGAGGAUGCUCUUCUGAAGCUGCUGCCAGUGGUCAAAGCCUCCAACAGAGCUCUGCUACGUGGCUGUAACCUGUCAGGGAGAAGCUGUGAAGUUCUGGCACCAGUACUCAGCUCCCAGUCUUCCAGUCUGAGAGAGUUGGACCUGAGUUUCAACAACCUGCAGGAUUCAGGAGUGAAGCUGCUCUGUGCUGGACUCGAGAGUCCACACUGUAGACUGGAGGCUCUCAGGCUGACUGGCUGUAAAGUGUCAUGGGGAAGCUGUGAAGCUCUGGCCACAAUUCUCAGCUCCCAGUCCUCUAAUCUGAGAGAGCUCGACCUGAGUAACAACGAUCUGCAGGAUUCAGGAGUGAAGCUACUCUCUUCUGGACUGGAGAGUCCACACUGUACACUGGACACUCUCAGGCUGUCAGGCUGUCAGGUCUCAAAGGAAGGCUGUGCUGCUCUGGCCUUGGCUCUGAGCUCCAACCCCUCCUAUCUGAGGGAGCUGGACCUGAGCUACAAUCAUCCAGGAGACUCUGGGAGGAAGCUGCUAUCUGCUGGACUCAAGAAUCCACAGUGGGGACUGAGCACCCUCAGGGUGGAUGACUGUGGAGAGCAGAGGCUGAAACCUGGUGUCAGGAAGUUGUUUGUGAUUUUGUACUUGUUCUCAGAUGCCUGUGAACUCACACUGGACCCAAACACCGUAAACAGAAACCUCAAGCUGUCUAACAACAACAGGAAGGCGACCUGGGUGGACGAGGAGCAGUUAUAUCCUGAUCACCCAGAGAGAUUCUCCCACAGCUACCAGCUGCUGUGUAGCAAUGGUCUGACUGGUCGCUGUUACUGGGAGGUGAAUUGGAACGGAGACGCCGUUAUAUCGGUGGCGUACAGAGGCAUCAACAGGAGAGGAGAUGGCGACGACGGCAGGUUUGGAAAGAACGUGCAAUCCUGGAGCCUGGAGUGCUCCGAAGUUAACUGCUACUCCGUUUGCCACGAUAACAAAAGAACAGACAUCGUUCUUCCCCACACCUUGUUUCACAGAGUAGCAGUGUAUCUGGACUGGCCUGCUGGAAUUCUGUCCUUCUACAGAGUCACCUUAGACAAGCACAUCCAUCUCCACACCUUCACUACCACUUUCACUGAACCCCUCUACCCUGGGUUUGGGUUGUGGUUCCUCUGCGGGUUUCCUUCCUCAGUGGCUCUGUGUGAGCUGUAAAUGAAAUAUCAUUUCCAUUUCCAUUUCCAGAUAACGUCGCUAUCUAGAAAGUAAAUGUUGUUGCAGGGUGAUUAAAAAUCGUAUUUGACAAAUUUAUAAUUCACUUUCCAAAUCAAACCUACGCCCGUGGCUGCUGUUGACAAACUGGUUUAAUCUGCACAGGCCUUCUCAAACACUGGUUUAAUGGAAGCAGAAUCUGAGUGGACUUUUUUUUUUUUUUUUUUUUACUGUUAAUGAAGUUAUGUUGAAAAUGUGGAAGGAAAAAGGCCACAAGGCAGCACUCUGCCUUGUGCACACAAACUAGAGUUAUUGUGUUAAAAAGCAAACGUAUGGACUGGAAUUUAAAGUAUUCUGUGAACACCAAGAUUAAACUAACCUCAGCCAGUACUGAAGAAGUAUUCUGAUCCUUUGUUUAAUGGCAUAAUAUGUGCAAUUUCUGCAUUAAGAUGUCUUAAAAAAAAAAAACUAGAUCUCUGUUAUAUAUUUUAUUGAGUUGUAAACUGUGUUGAAACCCAGAGAAAUAUGUCAUUUUACUCAAGGUAUGUUUCAUUCGGUCGCCUGUCAGUGCCAUAAUGUCUACUCCCUGUACUUCCGGGGAAAUACAUGACCGAGGAAGAGUGGUGAAUAACUUAAAAUGUGGGGCUUUUUUGGCUUUAAUCGCUAGGACUGCUAAAGAUGGACAGAAAAGGAGAGAGAGUCAGACUCAGACCUACAGCUGCUGCAGCAAGGACUCAGCCUUGGUACAUGAGCUACCGGAACGCUUCACGUGAAUAAAAAUUUGAUAAUAUUUUGUUAUUUGUUAUUUCUGUACAUAAAUGUAGAAUCUAAGACUAAACCCAGUUUGAACCAUUGGAAGAGUGGGUUACAACUCUUGAGUAUGUGUUUUUGGGACUUUUAUUGCCUUUUUUUUGUCAGACAUGUAGCAAAGGUUGGAAUCAAACUUGAAAAAGACAAGAAAAGCUUUAAGUUCUUUUAAUUACUAGAUAUGUUUAGGUUAAUUUGAAAUGGCCCCUAUUUUUUUCCUUUUCAGAUAUGAUUAUUUGCUGGAUGUAUUUUUACUUUAAUUGCUUUCUGUCAGUUUUAUAUUUGGUUUUUGCUCAACCUGAAACAGAAGAUUGUUGUUGAACAAGACAUGGAAAUGUACUUUUUUGUCAUAUUCUCCAAAAAGAAAUACAUUCUUUGAUAGAUUA